AUGGGCCACAGCAACCACUUACCAUCAGGUGGACUGUGUGCUCGUUUGUCACCCUUAUCCUAUAAAAAAAAAAAAAUUACGCAUGGUUACUUAACAAACUUAAGGAAAAUAUUGCGCAAAAAACGGUCACAUUUGCAGAAAAAGAAAAUUCUGUUUCAUCAUGAGAAUGCGCCGUCUUACACCUCAGACGUAACCAUGGCGAAAAUCCACGAAUUACGUGAUGUUCUUCUCUUUGCAGAUGAUUUAAAAUUUUAUAAAGAAAUAAAAACCGUUAAUGAUGGAAACUUACUACAAAAUGAUAUUAAUAGGAUAAUCUCCUGA